CCCAUGAACCUCGGCUUCUUCUUCUUCCCAUUUUGAGGCCUCGUGUCUUUAAGUGUCUUUCUAUAAAUUCCUCUAAAGAUUUCUUCAGUUUUUUUUUCAGCUGUCAAUAACUGAAACCUCUCAACAAUGGCUUCCCUUUUCUUCCCUUCUUUGAUUUUUGGUUUUUGCAUAUGGGUUUCUCUUUUCUCACCGUCGCUUGCGCAGGCGCAGACCUGCUCCUCUCAGAAAUUCACCGGCAAUGAUUUGUAUGUUCACUGUGUAGACCUCCCUACACUCACUUCCUAUCUCCAUUUCACUUACGAUUCCGCUAAUGCUACUCUUUCCAUCGCCUACCUUGCCUCCCCUGCCGCGUCGAACGGAUGGGUUUCGUGGGCUGUAAACCCGACAGGCACCGGAAUGGCUGGGUCUCAGGCACUUGUUGGCUACAAGGAUUCCAAAGGUUCCAUGACAGUUAAGACGUAUAAUAUCAGCUCUUACACGCUUGAUUCAGUGGUGCAGUCGAAAUUGGCUUUUGACGUUUGGGACGAAAGGGCGGAGGAGAAUAACGGCGUCAUGAGAAUCUUUGCGAAAAUUAAGGUUCCGGCAAACUUGGCGGCGAAGGGGAUGCUAAAUCAGGUGUGGCAGGUGGGUUCCAGCGUCGAUUCUAAAGGAGUACUGACGCCGCAUGAUAUGAGUGCUGCAAAUUUGAACGCCAAGGGAACCUUGGAUUUGAAGGGUGGACAGAGUGUGGCUACCGGCGGAGUGGACUCCAAGACUAAAAAGAGAAAUAUUCAUGGGGUGCUGAAUGCAGUGAGCUGGGGAGUUCUGUUUCCAAUUGGAGUUAUAAUGGCGCGUUACCUGAGACCUUUCCAGGCUGCAGAUCCAGCGUGGUUUUAUCUCCAUGUUUCUUGCCAGGUUUCUGCCUAUGCUAUUGGGGUUGCAGGGUGGGCUACUGGCUUGAAGCUUGGAAGUGAAUCAAAGGGCGUUCAGUGGACUGCUCAUCGCAAUAUUGGGAUUACACUUUUCUCUUUAGCAACUCUACAGAUUUUUGCUUUGUUCUUGAGACCCAAAAAGGACCACAAAUACCGAUUCUACUGGAAUAUCUAUCAUCACGGUGUUGGAUAUGCCAUACUCGUCCUCAGCAUUCUGAAUGUGUUCAAAGGUGUAGACAUCUUGCACCCUCAACAGAAGUGGAAAUCGAUUUACAUAAUUGUGAUUGCAGUUUUAGGUGGGAUUGCUAUGUUGCUGGAAAUAAUUACUUGGAUAGCAGUCUUGAGAAGGUCUAAGAAAUCCACCAAGCACUAUGAUGGAUUCAAUGGACAAGGCAGAGAACAGCCAUUCAACAAUUGAUCUCGGUUUUGGUUUUCAAGUAGAUAGAUAUUGUAACAUGCAUUUCACAACAUAUGAUUCUAUUCCUCUCAUAUACUUGAUAUCUUGUAAAAUGGUUUGCUUUCAACUGGUAGAGAUUUGUGUUCCAGUUCUACUUUUUUUACUGCUCCUAUUCUAUGUUUACUGAACAGAUUUCAGAGAUGGAAAUUAUUCAUGAUUUUUCUUCUUUUU